CUUCCCCCGAUCUGCUCGCUCACUUGUAACGGCAUGCGGUUUGCCCUGUUCCUCCCCACUCCGACAUUACUUCCCCUCUUCCGCUUCCUCCCAGUGAACCGAGGCGGAAUUGCGGGCAUUUCCCCUUCGUCCACGGCGAAUUGAGGGGGGGGGGGGGCGCUGGUUGCUUCUGCUGCGGUCGGCAACCAAUUUGUUCUGGGGCACGAUGCCAAGGAAGCGCAAAGGAUAUGGUGAUGGCCAUGAGGGAGUUCCUUCAAAGAAGCCGAAGCGCCCUCCACCUCGGAACAGGGCUUCCCCUAACUCAUUUUUGAUUGCCUGUAAAGAUUUGUCUGAUGGUAGCAAAAAUGCUAUCAAUGAAAUGGACUUCAAAAGCCUUCGGGAGAUCAAGUGCGUCCACCCAUUCAGUUUCCUUAGUGAAUGGCUUGUCGGGUUAUACGAGCCAAAAUCCCGUGAAGUGGUUGUUCCAGGGUGUGGCAGGAUCCCUGUCGCGUGAUGGGUGUGCCCCGUGGUGGGGAGGAUGUCCCUUACAAUCUACCUACAGAAGCUGAUAUUGAGUUAGGUAUUGAGAUGUUUGGUGAGCUUGAACAUACGCCGAAGAUGACAGAUGUCCUUGAUCUUAUAACAAGUUCUGUUAAUUUUGAUGAGAAGUUCAAGCGGAUGUGGCUCAUGCUUGCCGGCAAUACUGUCAUUGCGCCUACUACAUUCAACAAGAUUAGUCCUAGGUGGUAUGGUGUGUUGCAAAACAUUAAUAGAGUUAAAGAUCUAAACUGGUCCAAGUUCAUUGCUGAUGAGCUCCACAAGGCACUGUCAAAGGGAAAGCCUACAAAGGGAUGCCUUCUUUUCUACAAUCAUUUGUACAUUGAUGCAAUUGAUCUUACUAGUCUUGGUAUUGCAUUGCCCGAUGGUGCUUUUGCUAUUAAUGUUUGGACGAAAGAGAAGAUAUCUGAAGUGCUUAGUAGGGAUGUCCAAGCGGACGGAAUUUCUUAUGGGAAACUACCGUUGAAACCCCAGUUUGUCGUUGAUUUCUGCUUGUUUGGCGGUUUACAAGGUCUUGGGAAAUUCAUGCGUGUGCAUGUCCCACCAAACUGCAGUGAUGAGAAACUUGCAAAGGCUUCUAAGCUUGUGGUCCGGUUUUCGUCUGGCUUGGUUGGCCUGCUUGGCGAUCUUGUGCAAGGGUUCAUCUCCCUUGAUGAUGAAGGCAGUUCACAUGUGUCUCAUCGACUAGACACGGAUCUUAAGGCAAUUUCUUUUGGUACCCGCAAUAUGGCAAAGCCCCCUCCUGCACGUCGUACUUGUCAAAGAGACAGCCUUGGCAAAAAUAUUAUCGAUGAAUCGGAUAGUGACAAUGAGACACAGGAUAACGACAACGACGACUCUGGUGAUGAUGAUGAUACAGACUUUCAAGUUUUUUACCAUGGUGAAAAAGGCCAUACUGGUUCUUCUUCCCGCAGCAGGGCAGUGAACGUGGCUUCUGGCAGCGGGGUAGCAAAUGUGGACGCGCCGCACUCAGAUGAUGCAAAUGCUAAAUCACAUGACAGGGUAGGAGGAAUUGUCGAAGGCACACCUGACGGUGCGGGCGAUGAACCUAUGAUUGAGUCCCAGUUCAUGCAGACUGCUACUUCUAACACGAUCUCAAGCGGCUCAGGGGAUGGCGUGCUUAGCCAGCGUGACAUGACAGACACGCAGUUUGAUUCGGCCACUGAUUCUUCUAUGGAAAGAUGCAGUGCUCAGCUUGCUAAUACUUCGUCUUAUGAGCAGAAGCGCGAGAAUUUGAGGCUGCCAUCUCUGCCCUGUCCAGCUUCGCCACCCAGGCGUGCCCAGCUGUCAGAUAGGGAUAUUCAUCUUUCUAUCAUGAAAUUGGUCAUCCAAGAGCUUGCGAUCCGUGUGGCUGACAAGGGCACCGGUGAGGUCAUUCCACCCUCAACUCAGAUUAAGCAGGUUCCAUGCAGCGCACCCGACAAACAAGUCUGUUCACUUGAGGCAUCAUCUACUAUCCCAAGAUCAAGCCAGUGAAAUCAAAAGAAGGCUGCUACAAAGGUGCGAUUUCUCAAGACUAGGUCUUCUCCUCGACUAAGAGCAAUAUCUUCACAGCCGGUAGAGGUUGUGGAUCUUGAAGAGCAGGCCACGAUGACGCCUCCUGAUGUCGUUUCACAAUCUGAUGUGAUGGCCUCUUCGCCAGCCUUCGUCGAAGCAGCGGCUGCUUGCGAAGUUGCAUCUGAUGUUGUUGAAUCUGUAAAACAACUUGCUGCAGUGGCCACCAUCACUCCUGUUGUUGAAGAGCUCGCCUCUACAACUGUUAAUGAUGAAUUGCAUGCUGAGGAAAUUCCUACUGCAGACACUGCCAUCACCGAAGCUGCCCAAGUGUCUGUGCCCCCUGAUGUGGGAGUGGUUGUUGCAGCAACUGGUGUUGAUGCAGAAAAAACAGCUCUAGAACUUGACGAUGACGAAGUACUUAUGUGGUG